AUGUCAGUGCCAAAAGCGGUAACCCCGAGCUACACUCGGGCUUACCAUGCGGCGCUGCAUAGGGAGCCCCUGCAGAGCUUACCUUGUCCUUUGCUCCCGCAAUGUGUCCCCUGCAGCAUCCCCGGGCAUCUCCUCUGGCCGAUGCCGGCAUCCGGCUUCUGUGUUCCGGUCCCUGUGACGUCAGGACAUAUGGGCGGAGGCGGGAAAUUUGAAAAUUUUUAAAAAAUGUCAUUUUUUUCAAAACAAAUUUUUCAUAUGCUUUGUCCUGUGCCCUGCCUGGAUUUUGUCUGUUCUUUCUG